AGGGUCGUCGUCAGGCUGCGGUGACAUCUGACCUCUUGUCCGUCGGCUGCUGCUUCUUCGUCUGCUGGAUUAUCAAUCUGGGAAAACGGCUAAAUUAAGGAAAGAGAUAAAAAAGAUGUAAAAGAGAUGACAAGCUGAUAAGCUCCACCUACAAAACACCAGAUGGUCAAAAUGAGGAAGUUUUCACUGCUGAUAACAGGAAGGAGAUUUCUCAUUUCUCUGCAGCAGAUCUGAGAUCUGACAGUAAAUUAGAGAUUAAAAAAACUCAACCAUGAUAACAGAAAUCCGUUGGAUUAAAGUGUUUUUAAUCCUGAUACUGACGCCUCAGGUUAAAGUCACUGAAAUGUCCUCCGUCAUCGUCAGGGACGGAGAUGACGCCACGUUGCCGUGCAAAAAUGUGAUUCGUGAUCAGAACAAAUGUAACGCCACCGACUGGAUCAUCAGUCCCUCGGGGAAAGAAGUGUUCACACUCGGGAGCAUCAGAGAAGAUGUCGAAGAUAAAGACAGACUGAGUGUUACAGAGAACUGUUCUCUGGUUAUAAAGAAGGUCACGGCUGCAGACGGCGUCCGAUACGACUGUGGACAGCGCAUAUCAGGACAAAUUACGUACCAUAGCGUUUAUCUGUCUGCUGUUGAAAUGACUGAAUCUAGAGUCGAUGAUAAGGUGGCGUUGUCCUGCUCCGUGUCGACAUGUAUGUUAAGCCACAAAGCGAAGUGUCUGUACGAGGAUCCGAACGUGGCUGAGGAUGGUGCCGGCGGGACGACAUCACAGUGCACAGUGACACUUUCCACCUCUUAUCUCGAGCAGAAACCGAACUAUCGGGACUUGUUUACAUGUGAAGUGACGGACGAUAAUUUCCAAAACGUGCAGCGGUUUGUCCUCAGCUCUCAGUCCUCAGGUGAGAAACAACGCACGUGGUUGUACGUCGCGGUGGCUGUAGGUUUGGCAGCGCUCUUAAUAACUUCUGUGGCAGUCAUCAGGUGGAAGAGAAAUAAAGGGAGCAAAACACAAAUGGAUAAAAAUUCUGGACAAGGACUAAAACCUGCGGAGACUCAGUCUGGUCCAGAAACCAGUCGGGACAAGGCUGAUCCUGAAGACGGUGUUUGCUACACCUCCGUCAGCCACAUCAAGAAGAGCAACAGCGACGACAGGGUACGAGUUAAAGAUGGAGGUGAUGCAGUGACCUACAGCACUGUGAAGUUCUCUUCUUCUGCUGGAGCCUCCAGUGACGUCCACGCCACCGUCAACAAGCCCAAACCAAACAGAGACCACAGCACCUGAGAGUCUUCAUCUGUCCUCACCUCUCAACUUAAUCCGUCACAGAUAGAUGUCUCUGUAGAACCAGGAAAAUCCUCAAACAUAUCAGCAAUCUCCAAAACGUAUUCGCUGAAUAGUAAUUUCUGGGAUGCAAUGCACUGUAAAAAGCUUUGUGUCCAGAAUGGGGGUGUUAAAAAGUAAAAACGGUGUUUACACAAUAUAUUAAACAUUAAUAAAGCGACCAACACUUAUUUUGUCUGUGAAGAUAUAGUGGAGUAAUGGUGCCACUCGUUCUAUGUGUGAUGUGAUCUUGUACAAAUAAAUAAAUAAAUAAAUUUAGAAAUAAAACAUGUAUAAAUACAGAAAUAGUCA